UUCUUUUAUAUUUAUCUAAUUAGUUAUUUUUUCUUCAAAAAUUUGGAUGUUGUUCAACCUCAUCACUUAAAUUUCCAUAUAUGUUCAACUUCAAGUAGUGUCUAUUUCUAGAUAGGCUAACCUGAAGUCAUCUCUCUAGAUAUAUCUUUCUAUCUGUACUGUUUUUUUUUCCCUUCAUUAAUGAAAACCUUGUAUGUUACUCUUUAUGUGAUGCCUAAUAAUUUAUUACAUCUGCAUCAAUAUUGUUUAGAGAGAAGGUGAUAAUCAUAAGAUGUUUUUGAUACGCAUAUAUAAACAAAAAAGACUAUAGUUUUAUUUUAUGUGGCUCUCUCCAGGAUGGGGCUACUUGAUUAUGAUAACUUUUAUCCGACUUCUUUUUUUCCUGUUGAUGCCUAAUUGUAGAUAUGGCUGUUUUAUGAGAACUCCCGUUCAAGAACCAGUUAGUCGUGUCAUCGUGCUCUCCGUCUUGCUAAGCUUAUCCAAUGAAUUAAUGACACAUCCUAAUUGAGUUCUGUUUUUUUUUUUUUUUUUUGGUCCUUCAGAAAAAUGUUACAGAAACAAUAAUUUCAUACAAAACUUCAUUUAGAUUAAUGAAACAGAGGCAUGCAUUAAAUUAACAGAAACACAGACGGUGCUGUAUUUUGUGUUUGUGUGGUUCAACAAUGGAAAAAAGUGGUGGUGAUAUCAAAAUAAACUCGAUUUCAGAGAAGCUUGGCAUUUUCAUGCGAAAAUGCAUUUAUUCUGUUUUAUCUGUUGGUCCCAUCCCCAAUCACAUUGCCUUCAUCAUGGAUGGGAACCGUAGAUAUGCAAAGGGGAGGAAUAUGGGUGAAGGUGCAGGGCACAAUGUCGGGUUCUUGGCUCUCAUGUCUGUGCUCAGGUUCUGCUAUGAGUUGGGCGUGAAGUACGUAACAGUCUAUGCCUUCAGCAUUGAUAAUUUCAAGAGACGACCUGAAGAAGUGGAGACCCUGAUGGACUUGAUGCUGGAAAAGAUUGAAGGGUUGAUGAAGGAAGAGAGUUUUGUCAACCGCUAUGGGGUGAGGGUUCAUUUUGCUGGAAAUCUAAUGCUAUUGAGUGAACCUGUCCGGGAGGCAGCCAAGAAAGCAAUGGAGGCCACUGCCGCCAACUCCAAAGCAGUGCUCUCUAUCUGUGUUGCCUAUACAUCUACCGACGAGAUAGCAAAUGCUGUUCAACAAUCAUGUAAAGAAAAAUAUGAGAAAAGAGCUGGUCAUGGUUCAAAUGGACUUGGAGGGAAUGAAGAGUACUAUUACCAUGGUCAGAACAGUAUCAAAGUAGUGGACAUCGACAAGCACAUGUAUAUGGCGGUUGCACCUGAUCCAGACAUCUUAAUCCGAACCUCUGGUGAGACGCGCCUCAGCAACUUUCUUCUAUGGCAAAGUGCAUAUUCCUAUAUAUAUUCUCCUUCUGCGCUUUGGCCAGAGAUUGGUUUUCGUCACCUGGUUUGGGCAAUCCUGAAUUUUCAAAGUAACCACUUUUAUCUUGAGAAGAAAAAGAAGCAAAAUUAGAGGAGAUCCUCUUGCUGGAGACCUAGUUAUGAUAUAUCCUUCUUGUCUACAGUAUGAUCGUGUCGUUUCAAUACAUACUUCUCCUAUUCUUGAACUGAAGUUGUUUCAUGUGUCCCUGCAUUUACAGCAUAUGUGCUGACAAAAUAAAUUGACAAUUAGUGUCAAUCAGGUACCAAUAUAUAUUGUAAUACAAUUAGUGUCAAUCAGGUACCAAUAUAUAUUGUAAUACAAUUAGUGUCAAUCAGGUACCAAUAUAUAUUGUAAUACUUGUUUUAAAUGUUAAACUGGUGGCACAAACACAUUGACAUAUGAAAUCAUUAUGUGAAGUUUAUAAUAUGUUAUUGGCUUA